ACUAUGAGCGUUUGCAUGGAUGGAUAGCUGUAUGCUUGGGGCUAUAACAACUGUGGUCAAGUUGGAUCUGGAUCUACAGCAAACCAGCCCACUCCUCGUAGAGUUUCGAACUGUUUACAGGGUAAAAUGGUAGUUGGCAUUGCUUGUGGUCAGACCUCCUCCAUGGCGGUAGUAAACAAUGGUGAGGUUUACGGCUGGGGUUACAAUGGUAAUGGUCAGCUAGGUCUUGGAAACAACGGCAAUCAACUAACGCCAUGCAGAGUGGCAGCGUUACAUGGCGUGUGUAUACUCCAGAUUGCCUGUGGCUAUGCGCACACACUAGCACUAACAGAUGAGGGUUUGCUCUAUGCCUGGGGAGCUAACACUUAUGGGCAGCUGGGAACUGGCAAUAAAAGUAACCAGCUAAGCCCGGUGCAGAUCAUGAUGGAAAAAGAAAGGGUUGUGGAGAUUGCAGCCUGCCACUCUGCUCACACGUCGGCUGCCAAGACCCAGAGCGGCCAGGUGUACAUGUGGGGCCAAUGCCGUGGGCAGUCAGUGAUCCUUCCCCACCUCACUCACUUUGCCUGCACUGACGAUGUGUUUGCUUGCUUUGCUACUCCUGCUGUUAUGUGGCGUCUUCUGUCAGUAGAGCAUGAAGACUUUUUAACAGUAGCAGAGUCUCUGAAGAAAGAGUUUGACAGCCCAGAAACCUCAGACCUAAAGUUCCGUGUGGACGGAAAGUACAUCCAUGUCCAUAAAGCUGUUCUGAAAAUCAGGUGUGAACACUUCAGAACCAUGUUCCAGUCAUACUGGAAUGAGGAUAUGAAGGAAGUGAUAGAAAUAGACCAGUUUUCUUAUCCUGUGUAUCGUGCCUUUCUUGAGUACUUGUAUACAGACAGUGUUGACCUUCCGCCUGAAGAUGCAAUAGGGCUUUUGGACUUGGCAACUUCGUACUGUGAAAAUAGACUGAAAAAACUGUGUCAACACAUUAUCAAGAGAGGAAUUACUGUGGAAAAUGCAUUUUCAUUGCUCUCUGCUGCUGUCAGAUAUGAUGCAGAGGACUUAGAGGAAUUCUGCUUUAAGUUUUGUGUCAAUCAUUUGACGGAAGUGACACAAACAACAGCAUUUUGGCAAAUGGAUGGUCCUCUGCUAAAGGAAUUCAUUGCUAAAGCCAGUAAAUGUGGAGCCUUUAAGAACUGAAAUGAGGCUGUAAGUUACGGGGGUUUGUUAGGGGUUUUUUGCAGUUAUUUACAGGAUGUCACAACUGUACGGGUGAAAGUGAGUGUUACCUGGUCGCUUGUACCAGAAGACAUGAAAGGCCAUAGUGAAAACAAAUGUUUUCUGUGCU